CCAUUUUCCCAAAAUUUGUAUCUAGCUCUCUCCUUCAUUCUUUACACCGAUUCAUUGCACCUUACAGGUCAAAAGGUACUUUUUACAGUACAACAUACUUGCGCAGAGCAUUUCAGCUUUACCAAGUCGUCUCUUCCGUUUCAUCUUCUGCUCUCUCCACCGACGACACAUUCUACUGUACUCCUGGUUCCAUCUACAAAUAUUUUGUAGGUUAAGCAGGAUAUAUGAUCUUCGAGAAUUUCUAUAUUCAUGCGGACAUGAUAAUCUUAAAGUUCAUAUGCAGCAUUACACUUGUUUUGCUUCUCACUGUUUCAACUGUUAGAGCAGCUCCAAAAAAAUCUGUUAUAUCUUCUUUGCCUGGAUUCGUUGGAACUCUCCCCUCUAAACAUUAUACAGGGUAUAUGACCAUAGAUGGAAGUCCUGGAGAAAAGAACUUGUUUUACUAUUUCAUUGUUUCAGAAAGGAAUCCUUCAAAAGACCCUGUAGUAUUGUGGCUCAAUGGUGGACCCGCGUGCUCCAGCUUUGAUGGAUUCAUCUACGAACAUGGACCAUUUAAAUUCCAAGCAGGAAAGCCAAAGGAAAGCUUGCCCACAUUGCACCUCAACCCGUUCAGCUGGUCCAAGGUUUCCAACAUAAUAUACCUGGAUUCUCCAUGUGGCGUUGGUUUGUCUUACUCCAAUAAUCCAAAGAAUUAUGUGACGGGAGACCAACAGACUGCCUCUGAUACGCAUACGUUUCUUCUCAAGUGGUUCAAACUUUAUCCAGAGUUCCUUUCAAACCCAUUCUAUAUUUCCGGAGAGUCCUAUGCUGGAGUUUAUGUGCCAACUCUUGCUUCAGAAGUGGUAAAAGGAAUUCAAAUUGGUGAAAAGCCUCUUAUCAAUUUCAAGGGUUACAUGGUGGGAAAUGGAGUCACAGACGACAAAUUUGAUGGCAAUGCUUUUAUGCCUUUUGCUUUCGGAAUGGGGCUGAUUUCAAGUGACAUCUAUGAGGCUUGCCAAAUCACAUGUGGUGGUAAAUUCUAUGAUCCUCCUAGUGAAGGCUGUCAAAAGAAUCUUGAGAAAGUUGAACAGGCUGUCUCAGGUCUAAACGUGUACGACAUUCUUGAGCCAUGUUAUGGUAAUUCAGAGACCAGGAAUGGAAGUGGAAACACAAAUAUGACUUUGGGCUUCCAUCAAAUGGGGGUGAAUAAGAAGCCUCUCCCAAAGCGAACAAGUAUGUUUGGUCGAGCUUCACCUUUUUGGUCCACAAGAGACACUGAAGCUUCAAGCCCUGGAUCACAGGAUGAAAUUCAUGUCAAAUGUGUGGAUGAUGAAGCAGCAGUUGCAUGGUUGAAUAAUGAAGCAGUUCGCAAAGCUAUUCAUGCAGCGCCAGUAAGCGUGGCAGGUUCUUGGUGGAUAUGUGCCGGAAGAGUCAGUUAUUCAGGUGAUACUGGAAGCAUGAUCCCUUACCAUAAAAACUUAACUUCCCGGGGUUACCGAGUGCUCAUAUACAGUGGAGAUCAUGAUAUGAGAGUACCAUUCACUGGGACUCAAGCAUGGACCAGAUCAUUGGGAUACAAGAUCAUUGAUGAAUGGAGGCCUUGGAUGACUGAUGAUCAAGUCGCAGGGUAUCUGCAAGGAUAUGACAACAACUUCACAUUCUUAAAAAUCAAGGGAGCUGGGCACAUGGUCGCUCAAACCAAGCCACGAGAGGCGUUGGAGUUUUAUAGUCGCUGGUUAGAUGGAAAACCAAUAUAGCGUUAUUGUUUUUCCAGCUCAUUGAAUCAAAAUAAUCUCACCAUGCAAUUUUAGCACAUGAGAACAUACAACUUCCUCUGUGUACCUGAAAGAUUGCCGAAUAAUUCAAUAAUAUCUUCAACUUCACCUUGCUUCC